AUGAAUGCAGCAAUAAGUUUAAUGCAGCAACUCAAACAGGCCAAUGAGGUUUACGAGCCGGUCUCGCGUGGAGAGAGAGAGGUAGCCAGAGGGGCAUCCAAUGCUCUGUCACUCGGCGCAUGUAGUGUAAUUAUGAAACUUAGGGGCUCCAAAAUAUUAAGACUCACCGAAUUAAAAACGUCCAUUUCUGUCGGAAAAGGUAGAGAUCGGAUUCAUCAAUCAUUUGGAAAAAUCGACUACACCCUCCGGGAAUACAUUCACCGUGCUGUCCAAAUCUACCGCGCCUUAACCUUCUCAAACCCUAACACUAUAAAUAAGUGUUCAUUCCUUCGCCAAAUCCACCAUCACAGUUCCAUCCUCGAUACUCUUCUCUCUCACAAACACACUCAUUUCGUUUCGAAGCUGAAUCGAGGACCCAGCAACGGCCAAUUUGGGAGGUUCAACUAG